AUGUUUGUGGACAAGUGCUGGUCGAGAACACAUCGAUGCAGGCCACGACCAAUGGACAAGCACUUCUCGGACGACAUCCAGACGCGGCAGUACCGCGCCCUGGAGGUGCUGCUGGGGGCCGAGUACGGAACGUCGGCCGACAUCUGGAGCACCGCCUGCAUGGCCUUCGAGUUGGCCACAGGAGGGUAUCUCUUUGAGCCGCACUCGGGGGAGGGAUACUCCAGAGACGAGGACCACAUAGCGCACAUCAUCGAGCUGCUGGGAAACCUCCCCAAGAGCUUUGCGAUGUCCGGGAGAUACUCUCGGGAAAUAUUCAACAGCAAAGGAGAGAUGAGGCACAUCGACGAGCUCACGCCGUGGGCGCUGCCCGACAUGCUGCUGGAGAAGUACGGCUGGAGCGCGGACGAGGCGAACGCCUUCGCUUCCUUCCUGCUGCCCAUGCUGGCGCCGAGGCCCUGGCGGAGAGCCACGGCCGCACAGAGCCUCGACCACGAAUGGCUGCAGCAGGCCUAGCGGGGCCCAGGCUAUAGCCCAUGCCAUCGUCAUGACGAUGAGCGGUGGCGGGGGCGGCCCUGUGUAGAUGAGGUGAGAGGUUGAGAGGACCUGGAGACACCAAGAGAGAGAUACGCAGAGAGAGAGACACACACAGAGAGCCUGGACCACUCCUGGCUGCAGCCGGCCUAGGCAAGGCCCACGCUGAGGCGAUCGUGGUCAAACCUAUGAUGGCUGCGCAGAUGGGAGUCGGGCGGGGCGAUGGGACAUGGAGACGUGGAGAGAGACAGAUGCCGAGAGACAAAGACAAAUCUUUUUGGGAUGCCUGAAGAUGCGGGGUCCCUGUGCACUUGUGGUGUAGAGCUAACUCUAGCCGUGGGCUCUAGGCCUGCCGGCUUCAGGCCUGGCGAGGGCCUGCCUACUGGCCCUCCAAGUAGAAUGGCUACAAACGCUCGUCAAACUGUUCUAAUCGGCGUGCAAUUUCUAACGUGCACAAUAUGCCACAGACAUAAAUGACCGUGGCUCUGAGGCGCGGAGUCGAGUCCAGUGUCUCGUGAAAACGGGGCGAAUCUAAGAGGCGGGGCCUUUAAGUGUCUGUGAAAUGCCUGUGUAGAUUGAGGGCUGUGAAUGUGACGCAGGAUGGCGUUCCAGACGGCAAGGCCUGCCACGGAGAGACGACAACUGGCAGUGACGGCCCUGAUCUUUGCAAUAGCGGGUAGGAGGCCGUGAGUCGCGCUCGCUGCUGCAGAGACUUCUGCCGUGUGCUGCGUUGCAGGGUGACGGUAGGGUGAGCGACGAAAGAUACUGUGGACGACCGAAAGCGGUGGCAGAGACAGCAGGUGAUCCUGUAGACGACCCUGUUGGCGAUGGUGGGAAGCCAGUGGAGGCAGGAGAUCUUGUAGCUGGCCCGUCUGGUGAUGGUCGGAGGCCAGUGGAGGAGGGAGUGGAGGCAGGAGAUCUUGUAGCUGGCCCUGCUGUUGAUGGUCGGAAGCCAGUGGAGGAGGGAGUGGAGGCAGGAGAUGUUGUAGCUGAACCUGCUGGUGAUGGUGGGAGGCCAGUGGAGGAGGGAGUGGAGGCAGGAGAUGUUGUAGCUGACCCUGCUGGUGAUGGUGAGAAGCCAGUGGAGGAGGGAGUGGAGGCAGGAGAUCUUGUAGCAGGUUAUGGAGGGAGGCGAGGGAAUUUCCCUGAUGAUGACAGGUGCAGAGGAUGUUUUGCAGCCGCUGUAGUUUCUUGAGGUUACUCGAUGAGAAAUAAAGACAGACGGAGAUUGCAACAGUCGGCCAUGCCACGGGCGAGGGUGUCGGCGAUGUGGGUGGUGAUGAGAGAACGUAAAUGACGGAGGGCCCUGAGGUCCUGGUUGCCACAUCUGAUGAUGUGGUUGGUGUAGUAAGUGAACAUGGAAGGAUAUGACACAGCUGAGAGUGACGUCGAGGAACGAGAUGGACAGUGGAGCCAGCAACUAAGA